AGAGAGAGAGAGAGAGAGAGAGAGAGAGAAAAAGAAGAAAACCCUUCGUCCGGCCGGCGUAAAAUCUCUCUCUAGCAGAUUCAAUGGCGUCAGAUCCCAAAAAUUUCGUAUUCGAUGAUGUUAUCAAACACAACAAAACCAAGGAUUGCUGGCUUGUUAUCGACGGAAAGGUUUAUGAUGUAACCCCAUUUAUGGAGGACCACCCUGGAGGCGAUGAAGUUCUGCUAGCAGCAACUGGGAAAGAUGCAACCGACGAUUUUGAGGAUGUGGGACACAGUGAUGAUGCUAGAGGCAUGAUGCACAAAUAUUACAUUGGCGAGGUGGACAAGGCAACUGUUCCAAAGAAGCGUGCUUAUGUUAAACCUGCUGAUAGCAACUACAAUCAUGACAAGACUUCGGAGUUUGUUAUUAAGAUAUUACAGUUUAUUGUGCCUCUUGUGAUCUUAGGUUUGGCCUUUGUGGUCAGAUCUUACACCAAAGAGAAGUCUGCUUGAAAGAGAAAGAGAGAGCUUGCUUGCUUCCCUUUCAUUAUUUGAGGUUUAGAUGGUGUGUUGUGUUGUGUUGGUUUUAAGUUAUGGAGAAUAUUUAUGUCUAUUAAAAACAUGGUGACUUUGGUUAUUUGUUAGAUGAAAAAUAUGUCGUGAGGACAGGUUUUUCGUUAGUUAUUUAUUGUCCAAGAAUUGCUUAUGUGACACAAUUUCAACAUCAUCUUUUCCAGCCUCCAAUAUGUCAUCCAAAUGAAUUGCAAGGUAGUGAAUAAAAGAACCGAUCAUCUUUAAAAAAGGUGCAUAAUCAUUGAGAGAAUGAUUAUUAUCAACAGAUCAUUCAAUAUGUUGAGUUUGUAAUGCCAUUUUGGAGAACUGUAGAUGUUUUUUUCAAACCACA